GUACAAACAAAAGUUGGUAGAAGUUGUGGACAAUGCUUUAUUCAAAACCUUAUACCGUGUCCAAAUCAUUAUGUGUGUAAAAAGAGGAAAGGAAAUAACUGUUCUUUCCACAAUUCACAACAACGAAAGUCAUGUCAAACAUGUGAUAAAGUGAAGCAAGAUAUCACAUUGUUACACAGAUUUAUACGUCCUAGUUGGGAAAACACUAAAGCUGAACUAUGGGCGACGGAUCCGUGGGAAAUCGGUAAAUGCUACCUCCCACCGGACGGAUAUAGCAGCGUAUCAUCUGUGCAAAAAUCUGACUUCAAUGGUGUGGUUAGCGUUGUGUUGAGCUGCAAGCAUUUCGAGACAUGCCUCUCCGUCGCAUGUCUAUCACCGCCUCCACCUGAUAAGAAAUGCCCGCUAGAAAAGGUCCGACAAAUAGGCCGAGAUGUACGCCACACUGCCGACUGCAAGGUUACAGAUGCUGAUCUGCAGUACUUCUUUCUGACACUGACCACCCUACUUGCUGAUCCAGUCCGCUUAUUGCAUGAUACCUCAGCGACAGAAGCGCGCAGGAAACUCAGUGAUUUGCAGAAUGAUCGUCUUUCACUUGACGACUUGGGCAAGUUGUUGAAAGAAGCCAAUCAGACCCUCACACAAGCAAAAGAGGCCGGGGAACGUUUUUCCAAAGAGGCUGAAAGGACCCUACGUGAAGGUCUGAAUACCUUGGAGGCUACAAUACAGGCUGGAAAAGAUCGCAUUGAAAACCAGACACAGGCAGGAGAAAAACGCAUUGAAAUUAAGACACAAGAAAGCAUCAACCUCAUAAAUCGAACUGUGAUUGAAAAGGAGCAAGACGAAUACAAGCGAGGAGUAGCAGAACUGAUCGAAGGAAUGAAAAAACUGUACAACGACAAAUUAAAUUACAUGACAGUAUCUCCAGUGGAUGACUACAGCGUUGAAAAAUUACGAGAUAUGUAUAGGCCGCCAAAGAUUUUGGAAAUGUGUAAGGAAAUAAGGACGUUUAAGAAAACAGAAAAACAAGUUAAUACGUACAAGGGUGUGUUUUUAACAGAUAACACAGUUAACCCACGCAUAUUUAUUCAAGGUGAGGCAGGGUCUGGCAAAACAACAUUCUUAGCAAAAUUGGCCCUGGACUGGUGUGAAGGAGUUCAUGGUUCUAGUGCAUCGGAUAAAAGCAAAAUUAUCUUUGCUGAUUUUGACGCACUGCAAUGCUAUGAGUACGUUUUUCAUAUUACAUUGAGAAAAUCUGUAAACCAAUGUGACGCAUAUACUUUGAUUAAAGAACAAAUAAUAGACCGGAUCUACUCCGAAAAAGACCGCAAAAAAGCGUACGAACUUGUGAGUAAGAUCAUGAAACAUCAACGUUGCUUGGUACUACUUGAUGGUCUAGAUGAGUGGACAGGAUCUGAUGAUCAGCACAACCUACCGACAUUGGUAGUAGAUCACAACAAUUGUGUGAUGUUAAUUACAACACGGCCUUGGAAAUUGGCUGAAGGUAAAGUUAAACAUUAGGACAUAGACGCAUUGUUGCAACUGGAAGGAAUAAACGAGCCGUUUGAGCUAAGUAAAAUUAUACUAAGCCGCUUAGUAGAUAAGGAAGAACUUGAAAUAAAAUACACAACAUUUACUCUUUACGUAGAGAAACAGAAGCUCGAAGAGUUACUGUCGUCACCAAUGAUGCUCUCUGCAAUUGUAUGUGCAUAUGCAGACGGAAAAGAACUCAAAGGCUCUAAGUGUGAAAUAUACAUCCUCUUAGUGGAAAGUCUUUUUAAGAAAGCCAAUAGUUAUAAGUGUACAUUUGAACAGCCCCCCUUUCCGUGCUUCACACAGACUGAAUACAUACAGCCAAAUAUGGAAAACCUGAAUCGCCUUGCUGAAAUGGCCUUUCAUUUGUUGUUUUUAAAUGAAAGGGCAAAUUCAAUAGUGUUUAGCAUUAAAGAGUUGACGAAAUUCAAGAUUGAUGUAAUCAAGAACUUUGCAUUACAAUCCGGAAUUUUAACGGCGCAACGAACUGCAUCUGCAUCUGCACUGCGAUCAUCGUCAUCAUUUAUGUUUAUCCACCUCAGCAUGCAGGAAUUCCUCGCUGCUUAUCAUAUCGCCCGCAAUACGAAUCUUAUUGAUGGUAUUAUUUCUAUCUACCUUAACCGUAACCCGAAAGCCUAUCUCGACAUAGCACAGGUGUAUAUAUUCCUGUGUGGACUGGAUGUAUCAUGUGCGGAAAAGCUAUCAAGCAUGAUGGAUGAACGCAUUGCUUUGGAUACAUACUAUUUUACAAGCAGUCACGAGACUCACAAAAGGUUAAAUGAAAUCAUACUUGCAGGGUUGAGAGAAGCUAAUGCAAAUGGAUAUUCCGACAUUGCCCUUAAACUCAGUCACUUCUACUUCGAUAACAACAAUAUCAUUGAUCUUCAUAAGAUUUGGGAAAAUAACGCGGCUAAUGCGAUUGUGUUGGACGUUGCCAUCGAUGACAGGAAACCCUUAGAAAACCAACGAAUUUCACCUGGAAAUGACGAGUGUGCAUCUCAAAUUACAUUUGACCUUCAUUCAAGCCUGGAGCUGACACAUUUAGAGCUACGUGGACGUUGCAUAUUGGGAAAAGAUUCUGCCAGUGUGGGUACAUUGGAAUUUCCGGUCUGCAUUAUUCUAAAUAUUGCCGAUCCAACCCAGUGCACAGAGCUUCCACCUGUACUCCCCUCCAUCAAAUACAUUGACUUGACCAGUGUCACAUGUUCCUGUACCUGGCUACGCAGUCUGCUUAGCAUGAUGCUGACACAAAAUUGUAAUAUGAAAUGUUAUCUGGAUGACUGUCACUUAACUGCGUGUGGAGAGGGCGAAGUCAACACAUCAUACACGACUGGACGCAUAGGUUUAGAUGUAUAUCCAAACAAAAGCAUAUCAAUAAGCCUAACUAAUGAUACCGGUCUGUGGGAGAUUCUGCAUGGUCUGAGUAUUAAGAGUCUGAAACUAGAUGGUUGGGUUGUAAAGAGAGGUUGUAGAGUGAAUCAUGAAAAGUCGUUCUCACAGACGAUAGCAUCGCUCUCAAAGCUGGAAACACUAGAUAUUAAAAUGGAUGAAUUGACUCCUUGUGUGUGGGAGGCUCUCCGUGGUCUGAAUAUCAAGAGUCUGACUCUGAGCAGUAGGAAGUGGGGAGAGUUGCAUGCAGAGUCGUUGACUCAGUCGCAAUCAUCACUCAAGAGGCUGGAAACACUUGGAAUUGGUGUGACUGAAGACAGUCCUGGUCUGUGGAAGGCUCUCCAUGGUCUGAAUAUCAAGAGUUUGAGACUGGAUGGUUGGAAGGGGGAAGGAUUGAGGAUAAAUCAUUCACAGUCGUUGUCUCAGUCGCUAUCAUCGCUCAUGAGGCUGCAAAAACUUGAUAUUCAUGUGGCUGAAGAUAGUACUGGUCUUUGGGAGGCUUUCUAUGGCCUUAAUAUCAAUAAGCUGCGUGUGUUUUGUAAGGGUAGAGUAAAGUAUAAAGAGUCGUUGUCUCAUUUGCUACCAUCGCUUACACGGCUGGAAACACUUAGUAUUGGUGCGGAUGAAGCCUGUCCUGGUUUGUGGGAGGCUCUCCAAGGUUUGAGUGUCAAGAGUCUGACUAUUAAAGGUGAGAACAAAGGUUUCGAAUUAAAUCAUACAGAGUUGUUGUCUCAGUCACUAUCAUCACUCACACAGCUUGAAACACUCGAUAUUAGCGUAGAGGAACAGAGUACUGGUCUGUGGGAGGCUAUCCAUACUUUGAAUAUCAAGACUCUGAGUCUGAGUCUUGAUUGGAUUCAGUGGACCGAUUUGCGUACAGAGUCGUUGUCUAAAUCACUUUCAUCUCUCACACGUCUAGAAACUCUUAAUGUUAGUGUGUAUGCAGACAGUAGUUUACCUUGGAAGGCUCUCCAUGGUCUGAAUAUCAAGAGUCUAAGUCUGAGACUGAGUCUGAGUGAGUAUCGUAAAUGUAAAGAUUUGCAAGCAGAGUCGUUGUAUCAGUCAUUAGCAUCGCUCACACAGCUAGAAACGCUUAGUAUUACGUUACAUCCAAAACGCCGUGGUCUAUGGAGAGGUAUCCAUGGUCUGAAUAUAAAGAGACUGAGCCUGAAGAGUAAGGAGUGGGGAGGUUUGCAUAAAGAGUUGAUAUCCUUGUCACUUUCAUCGCUCACACAGCUGGACACUCUUUGUAUUGAGAUGCCGUGUGAUAAUCCAGGUCUGUGGGAGGCUGUACAUGGUCUGAAUAUUAAGAGUCUGAGUCUGAGUGGUUUGUGGAAACGUACUGGAAUUGACGUGAAGCAUACAGUGUCGAUGGCAAAGACACUUGCAUCGCUCAUACAUCUAGAAACACUAAGUAUUGAUGUGGAGCAUGAGAGUCCUGGUCUCUGGGAGGCUUUCCAUGGUCAGAAUAUCAAGAGUUUGAGUCUGAGUGGCGUGCGUAAAUCUUCCGGUAUUGAUGUGAAGCAUGCGGAAACGUUUUCUCAGUCGCUAUCAUCACUCACACAGCUGGAAACAUUAGCACUACAUGUCCAUACAUACAUCGCACUGCAGGUACCUCAAUCAUUGAAGUAUUUAAAUAUCUACUCUGACACAAUGCUACCAUCCAAAGUGCGCGAACUGGUGGACUCACUGGCUAUAUAUACUCAUUCAAUUGGGAUUAAGCUAGAAUUUGGUUGUGCUUCUAGUAUUGAUCCCCCAGAACGAAUCCCAGUUCAGGAAUACAUUCCAUUUCAACAGGAACUUGCUGCACGGAAAAAUGUUGCAGUAAAACGAUUCCGAAUAUAUGAAUGGCCUGAUUCUGCCGGUUAUGCCAUGUCUGUACGUGACAUUGGUGAUGUUGAUGACGCUGCUUGCGAUAUCCUUGAAGAUGAUGUUUAUAAAAAAUUUGCUAAAUAUAUCGAUCGUUACAUAAUCAAUCGAAUUUCAAUACUCAUUGAGAUAAGUCCAGGCUCAAUAUCUUGAAUUAGUGUUUGUUUUUGAUGAAUACUAUAUUAAUAUGAACCUGGUUGUAUAUUAAAUAUAUAUUGUACCAAUUGAAACUGUUUUGCCAUGUGGCGUAUAAUACUUUUUUAUGUUGUUUUCUCUACACAUGAAAUUGAGCUAUAACAUAUACUAACUUAAUGUGUUGUUGACUUUUCGACGAUAGGUGUUACAAGAAAAUAUGGUAGAAACACAUUAUCUUCCUAUUUCAAAACGGUCUUAGUCUAAUGUAUGUUGACAUUCAUUCACAUUAUAUACAUAUGCUCAUCUCAAUUUUAAGAGAUAUUUCGCCGAAGCUUUUCUCUUAUAUGUAGUUAUUAUUAAAAUCAACACAAUUGUGUAAAUACGGCUCCUAAGUCGAUAAUGCCGUGAGAUUCAAAUCAGCGAACAACAUAAUGUUAAUUUUUGCUACCGAGCAAGUGACAAACUACUAAACGAAAUAAAACUGUAGACAGAUAUUAUGUUUAUGCUUUGUGUCAAUGUUAUUGUAUAAGUUUAAAUUCAAUGUAUGCCUUUGUUUUAAUGACUUAUACAAUUUGGAACAUGUUGAUACAAUUUUAUUAGUGCGCUUUUAAGCAUGUACAUGUUCACAUAAUUGUCAACGCAUUUGACUUCACCUAUAAAUAUUAAAUAUACAAGCUUUA